AAUAAUUUGUUUUCCCCGUGCUGACGACAAUAUUCGUGUUGUGAGAAGACCCUGUUUGAAAUCUUUUGUCAUAUUGUUAUCUGGUUUACGGAAUUGUGUAGUAAUCUGGCAGGUGGGUGCCAGUGUUUCAUAGGAAUACACUGCCUCCAUCGUCAGCUGAAGUGAAGCACUGUUUUGCUCUGAACUUUAGUUCCUUUCUAUUGGACAACCAUAUGGUGUCAUAACAGAUGACCACAAUACAAAUCUUCGUUGCGGUGGGAACCUCAAAUCUUGUACCAUCAUUGUACAUCACACCAUUAGGUGAGAAAAUCCAGCAGUCAGAUGUUAGUUUAUAUCAAGUAUGAAUUGAAUGUCAAGGCCAGUUUAACCGUGGUGCGAUAGUGCUGUUGCUCUUUUCUGCUAUAAUGAAAUAGGCAGGACUUUUCUCAUCCAGUACACACACCGGAAGAUCAUGAAUGCAUACUAGCAGGCUUGCCGAAAAUUGCACAUCUGUCAGUGUGCCUUAUGUUUCAACCUCGAUGCUGAAACCGAGCAUGAAAGUACCGGGAAGCGUGUUUUUAGUUUUAGUAGUUGUCUGAGUGUUGUUUAAUUCGUUCCAGUAGUUUGGACCUUGUAGCAUGGAAUAAUAUUUUUAUGAAUGAAUGAUGAAUUGGAAAUGAUGUGGAAUGAAGCAACUGUGGACUAUUUUAAGCCAUAGGCAUUUCCAGGAUUCAUCCAUGGGGGUCAGCCAGUUGUGAGGUUCCUCUUGACCUCAUCCAGUGCCUCAACAAUAUUGAAAAUGUCACAGAGCUUGGUAAUUGUAUAAAUACAAAUAUGGAGCCCAGCUAUGCAGAUCCAGCAUAUGAAAUUGGAAAUCGAUUUGGUGGUGAUGAUGAUAAUGUUGACAGAAAAGCUGCAGUGAUGCCAAAGUCAGCCACCUGUGCAUUAGAGCUGGUUACAGUCCCUUUACAAGACUCAGAUGAUAAAUCUGUGUUUUACUAUCCACCUUGCACUCGUGUGGAGCGCUGUGGUGGGUGCUGUUCACAUGACUUACUGAGCUGCCAACCAACAGUCACAGAACCUGUCACUUUCCAGGUUAUAGAGACAAAGUAUGAAGGUGGGUCCAAACUCAGCUACAAAGGAAAAAAGUAUGUUACUGUGGAGCAACAUGUCAAAUGUAGAUGUGACUGCAAAGUCAAAGAGGAGCACUGCACUGCUUUACAACGGUAUGAAAAGAGUGAGUGCAGCUGCCUUUGUGUUAAUAUGGAUGAGGAACAAAAAUGUAUAGCAGAAAAUGACACGAAACUGUGGGACCCAAAGGAGUGUCUAUGUGCCUGUCGGUACAGCAAAGAAUGCAGUACUGGAUUUUAUUUUGACCAGAAAACAUGCACUUGUUCACCAGUGCCUAUAAUCAGACGUCAAAACAGUGACAGUCAUAGGGAAAUAUACCGCAGAUGGGGAGAGAAUCCACGGUUUAAUUACAAAGUGACACCACGGCCAAUAGUACCAUUGAAUAAUGUUACAAGAAAGGACGAUGAAGCGUAAUAAGCCUUUACUCAUUAUUAUACUGAAGAAAAUAUAGAGCAAAUGGACAUUUCAUCUUCAGCUUAUGAGAUUUAAUGACAUAUGGGAAAACCAUGAUUGUCUUGUGCAGUAGUAAAAGACUGAUGGUAUAACCGCUUUCUAGCAGUAAAAACAGGAGCAGAUUUAGACAAGGAGACCACUAGAGUAUCACUUAGCAUAGCACAUGUUUCUGAAUUUAAUAAGCGGCUUGUACAUUAUAAUAAUAGCCACCUUUAUAUUUUGUUAGCUCUUGAUGUAAAUAAAACAUCUGUGACAGAGGCUCCACCACGUCUAACAAGAGAGCAAUCUGUCCUUGUAGUCGAUUUAUCAUAUGGUAUCAUGAAGAAUGUCCCUGGUGUGUUUACUUUAAGUGAAGAUAUGAACAUCAUAUACUCUGAUACUGAAUUCCGAAUUGAAACAUAUUUGUAUUUGUUCAUAGCAGAAUUAUUAUCUGCUUGUGAUGGCACUUUCGGGCUUGUUACACUGAAAUUACAUUGUUAAGUGUUAUAUUUCAAAACACAUGGUGUUACCCAAAAUUUAUACCUCAGUACUACGCUUGGUAUGUAAAUGAUACCUGUGUUUAAAACUCUUUCUUUUGCAUCAUUAAAUGCCACAUGCUUCAGUUG